AAAUAACUCUUCUAGUUUCAUUUUUGUCAAUCCAGAUCCCGACCUUACAAUUUGUUGGCAGUAUGUCGGAGAAAAUUGCAAUCGUUGGGAGUGGGCUGAUUGGUCAGAAUUGGUCAAUGAUCUUUGCUGCCCAGGGAUACAAGGUCCACGUGUUUGAUGUAGAUCCCGGUCAGCUGACUCGAGCGGAACAGAACAUUUCCCGGACUCUCACGCAGUACGAGGAGGAAGGAUUCCUCAGAGGGGACAGUCCUGCGGCCGAGCAGACUAAACUGGUGACCUUUACUAGUUCUCUACAGGAGUGUCUGACCGAAGCAAUCUAUGUACAGGAAUGUGUACCAGAAAACUUGGAUCUGAAGAGGAAGGUGUUUGCACAGAUUGACCAGAUCGUGAGCGGAGAGACGGUAGUCGCCAGCUCCAGCAGUUGUCUCCCUGCUUCCUCCUUCACGGAGGGCCUGAAGAACAGAGAACGGAUGCUAGUGGCUCACCCAAUAAACCCACCAUACUUUGUUCCUUUGGUUGAACUGGUUCCCGCUCCAUGGACUAAACAGGAAGCUCUGACGAUGGCGCGUGAGCUGAUGGAGAAAGUAGGUCAGUCCCCGGUCACUCUCCGGAGGGAGAGUCUAGGGUUCGCGCUCAACAGAAUACAGUAUGCAGCCAUUAACGAGUGCUGGAACAUGUAUCAGUCAGGUUUGUUGAGUGCUGAGGAUAUUGACAAAGUGUGUUAUGACGGACUCGGUCCCAGAUACGCCUUCAUCGGACCACUGCAGACAAUGCAUCUUAAUGCUGACGGCAUCGUGGACUACUGUAAGAGGUAUGCUGACGGAGCCUAUAAUGUUCAGAAAGAGACUUUUAAACCUAUCCCUGUACAGUAUGAUGUAGAAACAGCAGAGAAGAUUCAGGCUGAAUAUAAUGCUUCAAUCCCAUUGGAUAAAAUUCCAGACAAGAGGAAAUGGAGAGACACCAGACUUGCCAAUUUAGCUAAAAUGAAGAAACAGUUAGAAGAUAAAUAGCAAGAGUGAUCUUAGAUUUUGUAACCACAAUAUAUUUUAUAAUGUAUAGUC